AUGGUCAUUUAUGAAAAAACGCUUUCAGGUGAUGAACCUGCACCAGUCAAUAUGAAGUAUCGUGAUAGGGCCGUCGCGCCCAGCCAAGAUGGAGGCGCCGGAGGGAGGCAGCGGGUCGGGCCGCUGCCGCCGGCCGCCUUCCUCCGGGGCCCGGCUCACCUCCCCUCCCCUCCCCUCCCGCUCCGGGGCCCGGCAGCCCCGUUCGCUCAAGCGGACGAGGGCGAUCCCAGGGCCGUGGCCUCGGCAGCGGCUGAGGGGCGUUGUGAGCGGCCGCUCGCACGGCCGGGCCGCGGCCGACGGCGCCCGCGAGGGCGGGUGCGAGGUCCCGGGGGGAGCGGAGCGGAGCGGAGCCCAGCCCGGGGCAAGGCCACCGUCCAGCCGUUGGGAAAGCCGCCACGUACGAGGCGGCGGCGGCGGCGGCUGCGGCGCGGCCGGAGGCCGGCGGGGCGGCAGCGGUGCGGGUCGAGCCGCCCGCCGGCACUGCGAGGCUCGGCGCUCCGUCCGCCCCUCUUGGCGCUUGGCCUUCCUUUCGGUUUAGGCGAAGCACAGACGCGUACGUCAAAUGCCCGUUUUCUACUUCCACCCCUGCGUUUCUGGGAAAGGAAGAAUGUGACACGAGAGAAAGGCAGAACUUGCUUGCUUCCCCCCGGGAAACCUGGUCUGCCUUCACGGAGAGAGGAAAGGAGGCCGAAGGUGUACCUGCAUUCAACACGGGUGCAUUCAGAAAAUCAUGAACGUCUGGAUAAGUGUAAAAUCUGCAGGACUGGGACAAAAAGUCAGCGCAGCCAGAUGACAAAGUUGAACAUAAUUUAA